AUGAAUUCGAGUACAAUAUGCGAAGGCUGCCUCAGCACUAACCGUAAACUAAGUUCAAUCAGCGGUAAUGAUCGACAGGUUUUCACGAGUAUUCUUGAUAAUUCAGACUAUGUCAGUAACCCGUUGGCACUCUGCUGGGAGUGCACUGCUAUCAUCAAGAAGAUCAUCAAAUAUAAGCGACAAGUACAAAAUGCACACAGACAUCUCAUCUCAUCAAUGCUUCGUCAAACUAAACUUUUACCCUCUCUCUCCAACUUAACUUAUCACACAAACACACCAGAAUCUCACAUAAUAUUAUCGUCUGACAAUUCCGAUCAUUUAAAGAAGUCACAGUUGUUAAGUAAUAGUACCAACAAAGAUAAUGCUGUAUGCAAUGUCAGACACAACGAGCAGUCUAACAUCAACCCGUCAUCUAACUUCUGUGUCGUACCUAAAGAAAAGUCCGAGAAUAAGUUUGAAAAGGGGAUGCAAGAUGCGACCACAAGUGUGUCAGAAAGGGAGCCAGUAUUCGUCAAAGUGGAGCUCGAAGAGGCUAUUAAUUUCGAACAAGAAUUGGAAACGACAGAUGGUUUAGAUGAUUCCUAUGAGAAUCGGGAUGUCACUUUAGGGAAGGAGAUCGUUUUAAAGUCAGAUCCAAUGGAAUACGGUGAAGACUUGAGCAGCGGAAUGAAGUGUGACACAGAGUUCAACGAUUCAGAUGAGGAACCAUUGAAAAAGAAGAAAAAAGAAGCCAAACCUAGAAGCGGAAAGACAAAGAAGGAAACAGCUAAAUCUGAGGCCAAAUUGCGUCCAAUCCGCGCAGAAAAGUCGCUCCUGCGCCUGGGCAUACCGCCGGGAACUAUGCAGCCAGUACGUCUCACUUGGAAAGAGGUGGAAGAGGAGCGUCAGAAGGUGUUGACCAGCGAGUCUUAUCUCCGCUACCCGCAUCGUUGCGACCACUGCGCUCUCGGCUUCAACCACAGCUCCAAACUGGCCAACCAUAUGAAGAAACAUCAGCCUUCGGCGGGUCAGCUGUGUUGUGCGGUGUGCAAGGUUCGAUGCCGGACGCAGCAUGCCCUUGCAGCUCACACUAGGAGACAUCUCAUCAGAUGGCGUUGCUCCGCGUGCGGGUCGCUCGGGUCGCGCGCCAGCGUGGUGGCGGAUCACUGCGCGCGCGCCCACCGCUCGCCCGCGCCGCACCACGCCUGCACGCUGUGCGACCAUGUGGCCGCGACGCUAAGUAAACUCAGAAACCAUCUCAAGAGUCACGCGGAGCGACAAAAAUGCGAACUUUGCGGCAAAACAUUCCGGGACAAGUCCACACUGAAGACACAUCUGUUCAUCCACAAAGGGGAGAAAGAGCACGCUUGCCCCACGUGCGGCAAAAUGUUCCUGUUCAAGAAGGCGAUGGAAUUACAUCUGGCCACGCACGACGCGCCCGCCUUGCUUUACUGCCAUCAGUGCGAUAUGAAUUUCAAGAAUCAAAUGUCUUAUUACCAGCACAUGAAAUAUAACCUGAAACAUGUGGACCCAGCCAGGCUCAAGUACACUUGUAACGAAUGCGGUAAGAAGUUCAUGAAGGCGUCCCGCCUGGCUGAACACAACACCGCUCUGCAUCUUAAACUAACGCCCAUUAGAUGUACACAGGAGGGGUGCAGCUUUGCAUGCGCGUCGCGUCCCGUACUACGCGCGCAUAUUCGAUCUGCGCACCGUACAUCGCCCGUACCACGGAACCACGUGUGCCAUCACUGCGGGAAGACUUAUACUAAUAAGAAAACUCUAGAAGGUCAUCUCCGUUCCCACACGGGGGAGCGCCCCCACGUGUGCCCCACCUGCGGGGCAUGCUUCACCUACCACGCCGCGCUAUACAACCACACCAGGCUGGUGCACCACGCGCAGAAUUCACGAAAAGUUCCCGCCAAAUCUGUGGACGUUGGCCCCGCGUGGACAGUGGCGCCGCCAGCGCCGCCCGAACAAAACACGGAACUGACUGGAUCGUGA